AUGACGAGUGAUUCUCCAAAUUUAGAAUUAGGAGUCAGGUUUCGACCCACAGAUGAACAACUUAUUCGCUACCUAAUCAAAUUUGUUGCUUCUAAAAAUUACGUUUGCAACGAUAUUGAAUUUGAAGAUCUUUACAGGAGUAAGAAGCCAUGGGAGUUAUUGGAAGACUCAUCAGAUACUAAAUAUUUCUUUACUAAAUUAAAGAAGUUAGAACUGCACCAUACAAGGUUUAUUCGGACUUUGAUUGGAGGAGGAAGUUGGAAAGGGAAGGGCAAAGGAAAACCGGUAGGUGCAAAGAAAGUCGGGAUAAAAAAAACUUAUAACUAUGAAGAAAAUAAAAAGGAUGGUAAGGAUGAAGUUAAUGGUGUUUCUUGGAUCAUGAAAGAGUAUAGUCUUGACGACAAGCUGGUACAGAAAGCAAAUCGCAGCACUUCAAUCAAGUCCCUUGCUGUUCUUGAAGCUUGA